ACGGUGAGGCGUUUUCAUUCGUUAACAACUGAAAAACCAGAGGAGAAAAAAAAAAGAAAGGAGAGAAGAGAAGAGUUUGAGAGAGGAAAGAAAGAGUUAUAUUAAAACACGAAGCAAUCUAGUCAGCUGAGCUGAGCCAGAGUUUGCUGUUUUUGGUCUAUCAGGAGAAGUGGGAGCCGUACUUCUUCUUUAUAGUUUUUUGAGGGAAUCAAAAUUACAUGGGUUCACCAUCUGAAUUGCCAGCGGAGAGAAGUUAUAGCAAGCCUCUUGGAAUUCGAUUCUUAGAAUUCACUAAGAAAGCAAAGCUUUCUUAUAAAACCUAUCAAGCCAUUGUCUUGAUUGUGACGUUUUUUGCUUACACUAGCUACCAUGCAACAAGGAAAACCACCAGCAUUGUCAAGAGUGCCCUUGAUCCCCAAUCAUCUGAUGUAGGCUUGAAGUUCCCAUGGAGGAUAACAUACAUUAGUGAACCUGCUGAAAGCAAAAGACUUUCGUGGGUUCUAGGAGAUGGUUGGGCCCCUUUUAAUGGAUCUGAUGGGACGGCCUUGCUUGGUGAACUUGAUGUGGCCUUUCUCGCAGUGUAUGCUUUUGGAAUGUACUUCUCUGGACACUUGGGUGAUAGAAUGAAUUUAAGGAUCUUUCUGACAGUGGGAAUGAUCGGAACUGGCUUGUUUACUGCACUAUUUGGUGUCGGAUACUGGGCUAAACUCCAUAGUUUUUACUACUUCCUGAUAGUUCAAAUGAUCGCUGGUUUGUUUCAAUCAACAGGAUGGCCUUCAGUUGUUGCAGUGGUAGGUAACUGGUUCAGGAAGAAAAGGAGAGGGCUGAUUAUGGGUAUAUGGAAUGCUCACACAUCUGUUGGGAACAUUACUGGUUCUUUGAUUGCUUCAGCACUAUUAAGCUAUGGAUGGGGCUGGUCCUUUGUUGUGCCAGGUCUCAUUAUUGCUUUUAUGGGUGUGGUGGUUUUCCUUUUCCUGCCUGUUUGUCCUGAAUCGGUUGGAGCUGAUAGAGAAGAAGAUGAAGCGGAUUCUCCUAGAAAGAAUGGAGAGGGGGUAACAGAGCCUUUAUUGGGCUCAGAUACGGAGCUUAAGGAAAAUGCUGUGGGGUUCAUAGAAGCAUGGAAAAUCCCUGGGGUUGCUCCUUUUGCAUUUUGCCUCUUCUUUGCCAAAUUGGUUGCUUACACAUUCCUCUAUUGGCUUCCAUACUACAUUAGCCAUACAGCGAUUGAGGGAAAAUAUUUAUCCAACGAGACAGCUGGAAGCUUGUCAACAUUUUUUGAUGUGGGAGGGGUGCUCGGAGGAAUCUUAGCUGGCUACAUUUCUGAUCAUCUAGAUGCCAGAGCCAUAACAGCAGCAACUUUUAUGUAUUGCGCUAUCCCUGCUCUCUAUUUCUAUCGUAGUUAUGGACACAUUUCCUUGGCAAUGAACAUAGCGCUCAUGUUCAUCACCGGCAUGUUUGUAAAUGGGCCCUAUGCUCUUAUAACAACUGCUGUCUCAGCCGACCUGGGAACGCACAGUUCAUUAAAGGGGAACUCAAAGGCAUUGGCAACUGUGACAGCAAUCAUAGAUGGAACAGGUUCUGUUGGUGCUGCAAUUGGACCAUUAUUAACUGGUUACAUUUCUGCCAAGAGCUGGAGUGCAGUUUUUACCAUGCUUAUGGGAGCAGCUCUAGUUGCAGGGCUGCUGUUGACAAGGCUUGUAGUGGCCGAGGUGGCUGCAAGGAUUUCCGAAUCAAGGUCACAAGGGGGACAGGAGUCAAGAUCUGAAGCUGCAGAACUGGAUGUUUGAUUUAUUGUAGGGGGCAAUAGGAGCUCCGUCUGUAUAAAUUGUGUGAUUUUCAUGUCUUUCUUGGCUCUAGUUAUAACAUGAAGAGGGAAGAUCCUUUGAUUAUGGCUUGGGCAAGGAGAAGAUUUUUGUAGCCUUCUCCAUGGUUUUAGAUUGAUACAUGUUGUUUUUAUUAAUUUUUUUUUUUACUUAGUUAAUGGAGGGAGAAGUUUGAGAAAAAGGAAAAGAGAAAAAAAAGGGCAGGGAGGGAGGAUUUUCCAAAUCCAUCUGUCUGUACAUUUUGUAUGCUAUAAUAUCAUUCAAUAUUAUUAUUGUCAAGUGUUUAAGCGUU